AUGUCGUCAUCGUCAUCAUCAUUCAAAGACAAAGUCUACACCAUAACCGGCCUCGCAGGCAUCGGCCUGGCCGUGGCACGCCAACUGCACGCCCAAGGAGCUCGUCUCUCCCUAGCAGAUAUAUCCGACUCUGCGCUGCAGCACGCACGGGCCCAGCUCCCCAACGCCACCGACGAGAAUGUUCUCACCCGAGUCGUGGAUGUCGGAUCCCGCUCGUCGGUGGAAGAGUGGAUCGAUGCCACGGUCCGCCAUUUUGGUCGGCUCGAUGGCGCAGCAAAUAUGGCGGGCAUGAUUGGGAGUAAGCAUGGCACGGGCUCGUUGUUGGAGCAGGAUGAUGCGGAGUGGGAUAUGUUGUUGAGGGUAAAUUUGUCGGGGGUGAUGUAUUGCAUGCGGGCCCAGAUAAGAUCGAUUCAGGGGACGAGUAAGACGGGGAGUAUAGUCAAUGCGGCGAGUAUUCAGGGUCUGAGGGGCUUUGCGUUGCAUGCUGCGUAUUCGGCCACUAAGCAUGGGGUUGUUGGGUUGACCAGGAGUGUGGCUAAGGAAGUGGGGCCGGAUAUUAGGGUUAAUUGUGUUGCGCCUGGGUCGAUUCAGACACCGUUGUUGGAUAGGGCCACGGCCAUCCAGGGAGGGUUCACUCCCACGCCGACGGUGAUGCCGCGAGUGGGGACGCCUGAUGAAGUUGCUCAUUCUGUGCUGUUUUUGCUCAGUGAUGCCUCGUCGUAUACAACAGGCACUGCCCUCAAUGUGGAUGGUGGAUGGGACCCAUGA